GGUGAUCGGAGCAAUGGCGGACCGUGACCGCGCCGGGCAGUACUACCAGCAGCAGCGAGGGCAGGUGGGGGAGGCGGUGAAGGGGAUCCUGCCGGACAAGGCGCCGUCGGCGUCGCAGGCGCUGACGGUGGCGACGCUGUUCCCGCUCGGCGGGCUGCUGCUGGUGCUGUCCGGGCUGGCGCUGGCGGCGUCCGUGGUGGGGCUCGCCGUCGCCACGCCGGUGUUCCUGCUCUUCAGCCCGGUGCUCGUCCCGGCCGCGCUGCUCAUCGGGCUGGCCGUCGCCGGCUUCCUCACCUCCGGCGCGCUGGGCCUGGGUGGGCUGUCCUCGCUCACCUGCCUCGCCAACACGGCGCGCCAGGCGUUCCAGCGCACGCCCGACUACGUGGAGCAGGCCCGCCGCCGGAUGGCCGAGGCCGCCGCGCAGGCCGGCCACAAGACGGCGCAGGCCGGGCACGCCGUCCAGGGCAGGGCCGAGCAGGCCGCCGCCGGCGGCGCCAAGGCCUCCUCGUGA